ACUAUGAUAAACAGAGUCUGAUGGGACAAUCAAGCAACUUCAUUUAAGUGUGAGAGAGGCUAUGAAGCCACCUAACGGUAGAAAGAUCGUUCUGAGGUUCAAUGAUAGACUGCAACCAGUUGGAAAUGAAGCUGGUAUACUAAGCGGCGUUGUCGGAAUGCUGGGAUCUGACUACACCAAAUUUCCAAUCUGCGAGAAGGACUGGAGAAAGGUUCGCUCUAGGGACAAGAUAUAUAAUGAAUGUGUAAAGGAAUUGUUCCAUUUUGAAGAAGAUAGUCAAGGAAUUAUCAAGCGUACGAUUUUAAAAAUGCUAGGAAGGGCUUGGAAGGAUACGAGGAGCCAUUUGUAUCAUUACUUUUACAAAGCAGAUCGGACCCUUGAAGAAAAUAUUAGACGCCGUCCACCGGGAAUUACUGCGGAUCAUUGGAGAUGGUUCCUCGAUUAUCGCAACAGUGAAGACACAAAGGAGAAGUGUAAGAAAAAUGCUGAGAAUCGAUCGAAGCAGUUAUACACUCAUACUGGCGGAUCGAAAAGCUUGGCAAGGCUCGAAGAAGAAGAGUCAGAACGACUGGGGCGUCCAGUUAGUAGGGGGGAGUUGUUUGUCUUAACACACAAACGACCUAAUGGAUCCUAUCUCCAUGAUGCAGCUCGGGCUAUUGGUAAUUGCGGAGAUUGAGCAACAUGAUGAAUCGUCUAGACUGUUAUCUCAGAAUGAUUCACUUGCUCAAGCUCUUGGAAAGGAGCACCCAGGUAGAGUGCGUGGCAUGGGAAUCGGACCGACUACUAGUCAAGUGUUCGGUACGAACUCAUCUCAAUCGAGCAUUGGAACUCAAAGGGAGGAGACCCAAAGGGUGUUGCUUGAACUGCAAGCAGAGCUGGCGGCUGAGAAAUUAAAAAGGAAGGCAAUGGAGAGUGCUCUUAUGUGUCUAGUUCGAGGGCAAGGUGGGGAGCUGCCACCAAACGUGGCUGCAUGGAUGAAUUCAUUGGAGGGACAGAGUAGAGAGUAGAUCUAAGGAUUUGAAAUGUUUUCUUUAAGUUAAAUAUACACUUUUUUAUUGUUGAUUAUGCAACUCUUAGUAAGGAAUACACU